AUGUCUGUCGAUUUCAACACCCUAGCACAACAGUUUACUGAGUUUUAUUACAAUCAAUUUGACACGGACAGAACGCAAUUGGGAAAUCUAUACCGUGAGCAGUCGAUGUUGACCUUCGAGACCACACAGCUACAAGGUGCCAAAGAUAUUGUGGAGAAAUUGGUAUCGCUUCCAUUCCAAAAAGUGGGCCACAGAAUUAGCACUUUGGACGCCCAGCCUGCGUCGCCAAACGGGGACGUGUUGGUGAUGAUUACAGGUGAUCUUCUGAUUGACGAGGAGCAAAACGCACAGAGAUUCUCGCAGGUAUUCCACUUGAUGCCAGAGGGCAGCUCUUACUACGUCUUCAACGACAUUUUCCGUCUCAACUAUGCGGCCUAG